CGAAAAUUGUCAAAAUGACGUGCUCUGCUGAUAUGCAUAUGCCAUUCCACAAAAAAUAGCAAAGCGUCUAGAUUAAAAAAAAGAAAAUAAAUAAAGUUUAAAAUAAACAAUAUAGAUCGUACCGUCUACCGUAGCUGGACCUUUAUUACAGUUGCAAAAUUUGUUUCACUACGAAAGAAAAAUUACACAAAUUUCAUCGUAGUCUCUUGCCAAAAUUGAAAAUUCUUCAAACUGGCGACCAUAAAAAGGAAACGCGGUCGUCCACGUCGUGUGGAGUUAACCGAUGAUUUUGAUAUAAAUCUUAUUAAAGAAUUUGAAAAACGUCCGGAUCUCUAUGAUCGCAAUGCUCCAAAUUACAAGGACAAGGCGUACCAUGAUGAAUUGUGGGAGGAAUUAUCACACUGUUUAGGAUAUGAUGUAAGCAUUGUAAAAGACCGAAUGAUUCAAAUCCGAAAUAAAUAUCAUCUGGAAAAGAAGAGAUUAGAGACUCAGAGAAAUGAUAAUCCUAAAGGUUUUGCCGAAUCCAAGUGGCCUUUGUUUGAACUAUUGGGCUUUUUGCAAGAACACAUUCCAGUGAGAAGGUCAUUUCGAACUAUGCGCUGCAAGAGAAAGUACAGCGAGAGUGAGUACGUGAUCAAAAGCGAGCAAGAUACAGACGGAUCUGAUGCCGAAAGAACGAGGGAUUCUGAAUACAGAAACGCUAGGAAGGGACAAGCUCGCAGUUAUGGAAAUUCUACGCAACAGACAAAAUAUCGCAAUUCACCUUACUUCUCAGCGUCUCGUAAUGCUUGUGGUCCAGCAGCUACCCGAUUAUCACGGAUGCCUCGACAAGUAUAUGCAUCACGUCAUGCACAGGCAAUUUACCAAAGAAAAAUGGAGACACCAGUUAGAAGCAAUCUACCACCGGGAAGUGAAAAGUUCCAUGCGUUUGGACAAUUUUUAACAUCUUCACUUAUAGAAUUACCAGAAACAGAAGCUUUAGUUUUAAUAGACCAGUUUACUUCAGAACUAGUGCAGGUGUAUUUGUCAAAACAUAAUGAAAAUAAUAAACAUCGAGACGAUGAAGACGAUGAUGACGCUGUGGAAGAAGUUGAUGCAUGUAAUGGACAUGAUGAUGUCUUGAUAACAGGAUGAAAAAAAAAACAAAACAAACAGAAAAAAAAACAUUUGUAUUCGAAGAAAUUUCCUUAGUUUUAAGUUAUCUACUUUAAAUUGUCUUUUAUCCAUCCUCUUGUUGUAAGUCUGACGUUAUGAGCGCAUAAUUCACUUUAAAUGCAUUUCAUAUAACGAAGAAUAGAAUGCAACUAAUACAUUAAUAAUACCAAAAUAAUGUUAGUCCUUCUUUCGAUG